AUGGUGCUCUGGUUAUGCUCUAGUUUCAUCUGAGAUAUUAGGUUUCGGAUGUUAUUUGGCUUGGGCUUUAUCUAGUGCAUUGGUUUCAUGUUUCCUCUAGGCUGAAAAGGCUGCUAAAUUUACUUCUUUGUUUGUUAUUUAAAAUUUAUAAAAAUUUAUUUGAAUUCAACUGAUAGAGGAAGUUGACUGGGAACUUUAAUGUGUCACUAAACAGAUGGAUCUUGAAGCCAAAAGGUUUGGAAGGGGUCCGAGGGAACUUGGCGGUGCUGCUGAUCUCAUAAAUCUAUAUAAGCUUUGGCCUCAUCAUGAGUACUUCUGCAAGAGAUCACUGCCUUUGUCAAUAUCAGAGACUCAUUAUUUACAUAAUGUGGUGGGAGAUACAUUAAUCAGGAAAGGGGAAGGGAUGGAAUUGGAUCAGCUCUUUCAAAGCAACCUUUAUAUGAGAGAAAAAAAUGCACAUAUACAUCCCUUUGAUUUGGAUGUACUUUGUGAAGCUUUUCUAAUAAGGGAAACAACUCCUGUUAAACUGCCUUCUGCAGAGAAGGGGAUCCGUACCUCAGUGGUGAAGUCAAAGAGUGAAUUAGAAAACAAGGAGAGGAAGUAUAAGAAGCACAAAGACAAGGAUAAAGAUCAUAAGAAGCACAAAAACCGUCACAAGGACAACAGUGGUGAUGCUGUUAAGAACAUAAAUGUUGUUUACGGCUUGAAAACUGAGCAGUUGAAGGAACAACAAGAUAUGUUCAUUCAGAAGAGGAGGCUCGAUGGUUUUGAAGAUCCUUCUGUCUUUGGACAUAAAAAAGCCAGAAUCCAAAGAUAACUGAGACUGGCAGCUAAAGGUGACUUUGCCUCGGUUUGUCUGGAUUUUGUAACUCCCAAAAGUCCUCAGUUAAGCUAGCAGUCAAUUCAUCAAAAGAAAAGGGACAAGGCAAACUAUGAAGUAUUUUAGACCAUAUGAACCUAGGAUCCUGUUUAUCAUUGAACACAUGUCACAUGGUUUAUGUGUUAAAAUGACAGAAAUGUAAAACAAUCUUCUUUUGUUUUAUUGUUCCAAUCUAUCUUCUUCCAUCUU